AUGAAUGGCGGUGCAUCAUCAACAGUACCGAACUCUCUCAGUAAUAAUCAUCCAUCAUCAUCCAAUACGUUAAAUCGGAAAUCGGAAGACUCAAAUUGCGUCCCGAAACGGGAUCAUCGCGCUGAUGCAAAUAAUAUUGUUCAAAAUUUUCUUUUGAUUUGGCUUGACGCAAAAAUCGAUGAAUCCAGCGACGACUAUCUCAACUCUAUCAAACAACUACGAGAAAUAGUCAAUACUAUUGAAAUAUUUCGUGAUACAGAUGAAUGUAUCGAUUAUAUUUCAGAACUUCAAAACGAAAAGUCAUUUCUCAUUAUUUCUGGUACUUUAUGCCAAACAAUUGUGCCACUCAUUCAUAACAUGCCACAACUAUAUUCAAUUUAUAUUUUUUGUCAGAAACAAGACAAGUAUGAAGAAUGGAUAAAAGACUGGACUAAAGUUAAAGGUAUUUUCAUCGAAAUCACUCCAAUUUGUGAUUCAGUUCGAGAAUCGGCUCGGCAAUUUGACGAAGAUUCAAUCGUAAUUAGUGCUAUACCGCCAUCAUUUAGUCGAAUCGAACCAUCCUUUAUGUAUACACAAAUUUUCAAAGAAAUUAUUCUGGAAAUUAAUUUCGAUGAAAACAAAGCAAUCAAUGACUUAGUCGAAUACGCCCGUGAGAAAUAUGCCGGCAAUGAUAGACACUUGAAAAUUAUCGAUGAAUUUGCUCACGACUACCGAUAUCUUUUGAACGGAAACAACAAGCCUCUUUGGUGGUACACUAGAGAAUGUUUCAUCUACCAAAUGCUUAACAAAGCACUUCGUACUCUACAAGUCGAGACCCUGCUCAAAAUGGGCAUCUUUAUUCGAGAUCUUCAUCAAAACAUCCAAAAACUUCAUUCGGAGCAAUCGAAUGAAAUUCAUAGUGAAACAACAGCAAUUACAGUCUACCGCGGUCAAACCAUGGUCAAGGAAGAUUUUGAAAAUAAAAUCAAACAAGGUGGGCUCAUUUCGUUCAAUAGUUUCUUAUCAACAAGCGACGAUCGAAAAGUAGCCAUUCGCUUUAUUUCGAAAGGACUUCCUGAGAAGGACACAAUUCGAGUUCUCUUCAAAAUGACUAUCAAUCGAUCAAUUUCAUCAGCUCCAUUUGCACGAAUCUACGCAUUUAGUUAUUUCAAGACAGAAAAGGAAAUUCUCUUUUCAAUGAACACAGUUUUUCACGUUGAGAAAAUUCAAGAAAUUGACCAUACCGGAAUGAUUUUUUGGCAAGUGAAACUUACACUCAUCAGUGAAAAUGACGACAAACAGUUCAAUGCUCUUUCCAAACGAAUGCGAGACGAGAUCACUGGUACAGGAUGGUCGCGAAUGGCUCCUGGUGCAGAAAAAUGUUUGUUCUUCUGUUACGGAGAACAAGAAGAAGAUGAAGAAUCGGAAGGAAGAAGAGAUAAAGGAAACAGACGCGAAGAAAGACGACGCCAACAUCAAUAUCACGGAUAUAUGAUACGCAGUGCACGAGAACGAUCGACGUGUCGAUAUCGGUAA